AUGAUUACGGCGUACGACUACCCUACCGGUCGCGCUUGUGAGGCGCAUGGAAUAGAUGUCACUCUCGUUGGCGACUCCCUCGCGCAGGUCUGUCUCGGAUAUGACUCUACAACUCGCUUAACUCUCGACGAGAUGCUCCACCAUUGCCGCGCAGUCGCCCGCGGGAGUAAGGCUCCUCUCCUCAUCGCGGACAUGCCAUUUGGAACCUACCAAGCGAAUGUGGAGGACGCAGUACACAAUGCAGUCCGACUAAUGCAGGAGGGCGGCGUUGAGGGUUUGAAGAUUGAGGGUGGGAUGGAGGCCGUAGACGUCGUCAAGAAGUUGACAAGCAUAGGGAUUCCGGUGAUGCCGCACAUUGGACUGCUGCCACAGCGCCAUACAAUCCUUUCCGGAUACAAGGUACAAGGACGAGAUGCGAGAAGUGCCUGGAACUUGGUCGAGAGUGCCUUGGCUUUCGAAGCUGCGGGUGCAUUCGCGAUCGUAUUAGAGGCUGUCCCAGAAGUUGUGGGAUCCGCGAUCACAAACCGACUCGCUCGCAUCCCGACUAUUGGCAUUGGUGCAGGACCUGGGACGAAUGGACAGGUGCUCGUGUGGGACGACGUGAUGGGUACGUGGGGUGGCCACAAAGCUAAAUUUGUCAGACGCUUCGGAAAUGUCAAGAGCGAAGUUGAGAAAGCCGUCAAGGAUUAUGCGCAGGCCGUGAGGGAGAAAAGCUUUCCAACAGCGGAUGAAAGCUAUGCGAUGCCUACAGCUGAAUUGGAGCUUUUCAUGAAGAUGCUGGAGGCUGGUGGGCGGUGA